AUGACGCUCGAACAGCCCGUCGAGACAACGCACCUCUCCGACUCGCUCUUGGCCGAGCUGGCCAAACACACCACCGUCGACAUCGACAACAAUGUAGCCUCCAUCGCUGUGCAGCACAACCUUGCUCAUCGUCGACUGCUCGAACUCGUCGACACCACCAACAAAGGCUCCUCCGAGAUUCAAGAGCAAGUCGUCGACGAGUUCCAUUCACUGUUCCAAGAUAUGACGUCGAACCAAAUCAUCGUCUCCUUGACCUACUCGGAGCUGCUUGCGAGCGAAGCACCCAAGGCAAAGAAGCUGUUGGGGUCGUGCACUGUCGCUGCGAGGCAGAUCGAAGCUGGAACCUGGAAAGCAGAAAAGCUAGAUAGUGUCAUGAUGCGCCGUCUCUCGGUGAAUGGCCUGGCUGGGACCGAGUCGCUCGAGGAGAAGCAUCAGCAGCUUGCAUCCGACAUACUUACCGUCUACUUCGGACUCGACAUGCUGCCUCACUUGCUUUCCAACGGCAACGUGCACGCGCAGACAGCCACGUCACAGUCGUACAACGCACAAGCCACCGUCAGACACGCCCGACGAUUCGUGGCGCUGUACCAGCUCCUCUCUGGAGGCUCUGUCGACAGUUCCCGUGUCUGCAUCAAGAUUCCUUCCACCAUUCCUGGACUUCAAGCAAUGCGAUUUCUCUCCUCUGGCGGCCAGUUGAACGGAUUUGAUCUGGGCAAUCCCUUGGAGGAAGGCAAGAUCCAGGUUCUCGCGACGACCGUGUUUGCCGUAGAGCAAGGUCUGGCAGCUGCCCAAUCGGCAGGUGCUAUCUACGUGGCGCCCUACAUCAACGCUCUCGCUGCGCACUUUUUUGGUGCUGAAAACCCAAGCGACUUGGAAAAGCAGAAGGCCCUCUCUGCGGGCGCUCGAUCGAUCCGCGAGGUGAUCUACCCUCUGCAGCGAUGCUUGAAGACGUUGCGGCGUGAGAAUGAGGACAUCCAGACGCAGGUCAUGGCAGCGUCGUUCCUCGAUUUCAAAGAAGCGGUCCAAUUGUGCGGACUGGAUCAUGUGACUCUCGGUGCCGGAAUCGUGCAAGCCUUGUCAAGCACAGAGCCGACAGAGGCUUUUGUAAAGGCGAUGCAACAGGCACGCGAGGAGAUGUCAGAGGCAGGGGAGGACGAGCUGGAAAGGUACGGCGGCAGGCUGGCUUCUGAAGAGGCGAGAGACCAGCAGGGAUGCGGCGGAUGGCUCAAGCAAGGCUCCAAGUCCUACACGCGUCUCGAAACCGUCUUGACGCAGGAUGAGCGAUGCAGCUACAUGCUAGCUGAUGCACUCGCGCGAUUCACAAAUGCCGAGAUUGAUCUGCGGAAUCUGUUCGCUGUCUGA